ACUAUCUUUUCUUUGCCUCACCUAUCUGCCCUGUUCAGACAUCCUAUCAUUUCCUGUAGCUCUAUUUGUCCGUAUAUAUACCCUUCGACCCCCUGAUCUGGCCACAUUCGACAUCGGACAUAUCUCCGAGUUUUUCCCGAUCCUGUUCCGGUAGACAUCAUGGCUAGCAGACCUUCUCGUACCGACUCGCUCGCAACGCUCGUCAGUCCUUCUGCAUCACCAGUUCCUACAUUCAGCCCAUACAAAGACGACCGUGACGAUACCGAAUUUCCGCUUCUCGACCAGACUUCAGCAUCCGACGAGGAGCAUGGACCCUAUGACACUGCUCCAACUCCCACUAACAGGUGCUCGCGGUUCAUCAUGACACUUCGUCAGCGUUUUCGACGCCCAAAGCGCAUAGCGCUCAGUGAAUCAGACCGGCCAAAAGCUUCACGGAAAUGCGUGUGGUGUAGACGUAUCUGCAUAGGCAUACCGGUCUUGGUCCUGAUGACCCUGGGCCUUAUACAUAUGAUUGAAGUGGCCUUGGGAUUCGGCUCGGCUUUGUUCGAGUACGAGUUCGACGACUUUCUUCCCGACUAUGGACGGCCGGGCCAUAUCGGGGAGGGCCUGGCCGAGUAUCCGACGGACUUCACACAGAACGUGCUUCCGAUUCCAUGUCACUCCCACAACGACUACUGGCGUCGCGUGCCGCUAUUCCAGGCCCUUCAUUAUGGCUGCACAGGCGUUGAAGCCGAUGUAUGGCUGUUUGACAAUGAGCUGUUCGUUGGCCACAACACUGCCUCACUGACGAAGAAGCGCACCUUUCGCAGUUUGUACGUUGAUCCUCUGCUGGACAUUCUCGAUCGUCAAAAUCCUACCACUGAAUUCGCAAAUGCAACGCAUCAGGGCGUUUUCGAUGCAGAUCCUGACCAGACCCUGGUUCUAUUGGUCGAUUUCAAGAACAACGGUGCCGAUAUCUGGCCACAUGUCUACUCACAGCUGGAGCCUCUACGAUCAAAAGGCUAUCUCUCGUACUGGGAUGGCAGCGUCAAGCACGAGAGAGCAAUCACAGUGGUAGCCACAGGGAAUGCGCCAUUCGAUCUGGUUGUGGCCAAUUCUACGCGCGACAUCUUCUUUGAUGCACCUCUCGAGUCCUUCUACGAGACUCCUGACGAGGCAGCAACAAGACUCGAAGCUCGCGGACAAGGACACAAUGGAGUUUCUGAGGGCACGGACUUUGACGAAUCGAACUCGUACUAUGCAAGUGUCUCUUUUGGAUCUGCCAUGGGCAUCCUCUGGGGCGGACAGCUCUCCGCCAAGCAGAUGAACAUCAUUCGAGGACAAGUCCAAGGCGCACAACGACGCGGGCUCAAGGUCAGGUACUGGGACACACCGACUUGGCCUGUAGGUUAUCGCAAUCAUAUCUGGGACGUGCUUAUCAAGGAGCGUGUUGAUUACCUCAACGUCGAUGAUCUCAAGGGAGCUGCGACAAGAGAUUGGUCGGCAUGAGAACAUGACUGCCUGAGUGCAUUAAAUAGAUUUCUUUUUUUGGGCCGCAUUCCAUCGAUACCAUUCUUAUCUUCUGGCGUUCGAGGAGAGCUUAGACGUGAUCAUACCCAGUGAGUAUAUAGACGUGAGGAAUCAUAUAGAUUGUUCUGCGAACUUUGCGUGUGGCCUUGAUGCCUGAUCCCUUCGCCGAUCGCCAGCCUCCAAGAUCAUCCGA